AUGGAAAUUGAGAAACAAGUUGCCAUUGCUAAAUUGAUUAGUCGAGUAAAACUAAAAAAGCCCGAACUAGAAAAAUACGUGGUUAGUUCUCCCAGUAAAACUAAUUAUCAAAAAUACCUUACUGAAGCAGAAAUAAAUGAAUUUAUUAAUGCUUUGCAAGCCGAGGCCAAGGAAGAAAAAAAACCACGGAAAUUUAAAUUAGAUUGGUUUAGUAACCGGUUGUGGUGA